AUGUCCUCCCGUCACCCACCACCGCCGCCCUACCGCACAACCACAGCCUCGGGCAUGCGCCGCAACCUCUUCAGCAGCCAGCUCUCGCGCCGACCCCCGACCGCAACCGGCACCGGCCCCGGCGGCGGCGGAGGCCCGUCCAGCACGAGCGCGACGUCGGCGACGACGCUGCAGCUGGACCCCAACGGCAAUACCACCACCACCAACAACAACGCUGCCAAGGGCGGCGGCGGCAACCGCGGUAACGGCGGCCGGGGCCGCAGUGGCGACGAGAGGGGGGAGGGCGACGACGACGAGGACGACGAUGACGACGAGGAGGGCGAGUGCCGCGAUAUCGUGGCGCGCGAUGCGGAUGGGAAUUAUCGGCUCGAGAUGCCGAAUGUGGGCCCGGUGCCGAGGGACGAUUUGAGGGAUGAGAGAGAGGUUGAGAGCAGAUUGAUCGAGACGUAUCGGAAGCAUCAGCAGCAUAUCGAGCCGAACGAGUUCAGGGCAACGCUGCAGGCUAGCUUGCAGGCAAAGGUGGAAUCACUGGAUGACGAUAAGUGGAUGUUCGAGGGCGACGACCCGCUACCGGCGUGA